CCUCGCUGGCAACACUGCACCUAACCUACUAAUUUCUUGAAAAUACAAAGGCUGAAGCAAAUCAACGGACAGUGUUAUUUUAUACAUCAUAAAUAUAGAAAUGCAAAUAUUAGUAAAGUAGGUAACUUAUUACAUAACAUGGUUAACCUUUUUGGCAUGGACUUUAAACUGUAAUAUGUUAUUUGGAUUUAGAAAACAACUGAUCACAUUAUAAUCUAUUAUGUACUGUCCACAAAAACAUUACUGGCAAGUACUGAAGAAAAGCUUAUUCAAGAAAAAAUAUACAUCGCAAGUAGCCCAAAAUGCUACAAUUUUAGGAAUCGAAACAUCUUGCGACGACACAGGUUGCGCCGUAAUCGAUGUCACAGGCAAGAUUUUAGGAGAGUCGUUACAUUCUCAAAAUGCUAUACAUGUGCGUUAUGGAGGUGUAAACCCCUUGAUUGCUCAUGAAUUACAUAGGAAAAACAUUGAAUUUGCCGUUAGUGAGGCCUUAGAUAGUUCUAAACUAACCAUAGAUGAUGUUGAUGCCAUUGCCAUCACAACAAGACCUGGUUUGUUCAUGAGUUUACAAGUUGGAGUAAAAUAUGCCAAAUAUCUUGCAAGAAAGCACAGUAAACCUUUGAUACCAAUACAUCACAUGGAAGCUCAUGCAUUGGCAGUGAGAAUAUCUCAAGAUAUCCCAUUUCCUUUCUUAGUGUUACUGAUUUCUGGAGGCCAUUGUCUACUAGCUGUGGUGAAAGAUGUUGAGGAUUAUUAUUUGCUUGGUGAAAGUAUAGAUAAUUCACCAGGAGAAAUGUUAGACAAAGCUGCUAGACGGAUGAAGUUAAAAAAUAUACCUGCAUACUCACAGAUAGCUGGAGGCAAAUCUAUUGAAUUAGCGGCAAGUGAAUGUAAAGAUCCAAGUUUAUUUAAAUUUCCUCUUCCAUUAGCCAAAUAUAGGGACUGUAAUUUCAGUUUUAGUGGCUUAAAAGAUUCUUUAGAGCGAAAGUUAAUUAAAAAGGAAUUUGACCAUGGAAUUGAAGGAGAUGGGAUAAUUCCCGAAGUAAAUGACUUAUGUGCUGCAUUUCAACUUGCAAUCGCUGAGCAUAUAUCUCAUAGAACUGAAAGAGCUGUAUUGUUUUGUGAGAGGAAUAAUUUGCUGGCUGGAAAUAAGAAUAUAGUUGUGUCAGGUGGAGUUGCAUGUAAUGAUUUCAUUUUUAAAUCAGUAGGAGUAAUUGCAAACAAAUUGGGAUAUAAAGUGUACAGACCACUCCCCAGAUUAUGUACAGAUAAUGGUGUGAUGAUUGCUUGGAAUGGAAUUGAAAAACUAAGGAUACAGUGCGGUCUUACUCCAGAUAUUGCAAUCAGUGCUAUAGAACCAAAAUCACCACUAGGAAAAAGUUUAAUAAAUGAAGUGAAAGAAGCUAAUAUACCUGUAAGAGUUACAAGAUUAAAAAAGUUGUAUAAUUAAA